GAGAAGAAUGAGAAAGAAUUUGAUUUGUGCGCUGUGUUAUGUUAGUGUGAUGGUUUGCCGAUUUCGUUUAUUUACUUGAGAAUUGGUCUGAAGAACAAGGUGGGGACUGGGAGGGAAUGGGGAUCUUGAGAGACCAGAAGCGGCCAUCGUCGUCUUCUUCUUCGGCGACUUCACCCUGUGCUCAUCUCAGAACUGCCUAUCACAACUGCUUCAACAGGUGGUACUCGGAGAAGUUCUUGAAGGGUCAGUGGAAUAAAGAAGAGUGUGUGUCUCAAUGGGAGAAGUACAAGGAGUGUUUGUCUCAACAUUUGGAUGACAAGCAUCUAAGCAGGUUCUUGGAUGCUGAUGGCGUUGUGGAUUUGAACAACAAAGCAGACUCUCGAAGCUAACCACAUCAGUUCCUUCCUAUUCAUGAAUUUUGAUCGUGUGCUGUGUGGUGUUGUUGGGAUGGAACGCAGGAUGAGCAAUUGCUUCUGCUUUUCUGAAUUAUGAGGAAAUCACAAACCUUGAGAGCAGCAGCUCAUCAUCAUAUAUGGAGGCAAGCUUCUCCACAAAUUAUGAUAAUAAAGUGUUAUAGCCUAUUACACUUGCUUUGCAAUGAUUGAUUUUAAUCUAGGACCACCGAGAAUAUUAGGUUUUUUUCUUGAAAAGAAAAUGGGCAACCAUCCACUCUUCUCCAUUGUUGUAGCCAAAUAGUUCUGCAACUGCUAUGAAAAAGGUUCUCCAAUAUGCUGUCCAUUUUACAGCUGAAUCUUUUCCGUAAGUGGACUCCAUGAUUGGCUUAAUGGAGCUCAAGUUCUGAUCCAUUCUCUUAAGCCAUUCCUCACUGAAAUGCAAAAGACAAUUCUGGCAAAAGCAAACAAUCUUAGGUUUAAGUUUAAGAGAUGAAGUUAGCAUCCUAACCUUGUCUGUGCAUAAUGCUUUCCAUUCACAAGCCAAUGAUUCACUAUAGACACAUCCUCCUG